GACGCCGUUCCCCCCGGAGAGCCAUGGAGAACCGGGAUGCGGCAGCGCGAAGCUUAAUCUGUGCGGGCACGCUAAUUGGUUCGGAAUAGCACCGACUUGCUUCGGGGCGCGAUAGCAGGAGCGCCCUGGACCGGCGGAGGCUCGGAACCCCCCUCCUACCGCUGCAGAGGAGAACCAACCGGAGCUCGACUCCCGACAAGUCAAUGAGUAUUGUGGCAGAGGAGCCCCCGCGGUGGAGUCGGCCCAGGGCAGCACUCUCCUAAAAUAUGACCAGGGGUGUUUGGAUGCGUCGGCAGCAUGACGAAUGCUUAAAAUAUUGGUCUGCACCCCGAGAGAACGAGAAGCCAUUCACGGAGCCGGAGCGGGCCCAGAGAUGGCGACAGUCGCUGGCUUCUCUGCUCUUCAUCACCGUCCUGCUCUCUGAUCACCUGUGGUUCUGCGCCGAGGCCAAGCUGACACGGACCCGCGACAAGCGGUCGGACGAGGGGCAAGCGAUCCCGGGCGCGGGCGAGAAGAAGCAAAACUCCCCCCAACCACACCACAUCCCAACAUCACCCGACCCCCGCCGCCUCGCCAGAGAACUAGAUGUUAUUUUUAUAGGGAAUUCUACCAAACCUCUGUGGCGGAUGGACACCUGUCACCCGGACGGCGUGUCCAGAGACUGCUUCACUUUCACGGAUGCUCUGACCGUGUGCCUGGGCCUCUCUGGCGGAGAAGAAGAGGGGGCACAGUGGGCGUACGUGAAUCUGAGCGAUUUGUACCUUUCUUUUUGUAAUUCCUACUCACUUUUGGAUUUGUUUUACGGGUUUACGAGUCCGGACGUUCUGAAUUGCUCCCUGGAUACGGCCAUGGGGGUGGAUCUGCUGGGGUGCGCGGAGUGUAUCCGGGCUUAUCAGCGUCUGGAUCGGCAGGCGGAGGAGAACUACAGGGACUUUGAGCUGCUGGUUCAGAAGUACGAGACGGACGCGUACUCAGUCAGGACAUGCAUGGAUGAGUGCAAGAUGGUUUAUAAGCCCUGGCUGUGUUCUCAGUACUUCCAGACCACCCAGAUACACUGCAGCAAUCGAAUCCCUUGUGGCCAGUACUGCCUGGAGGUUCAACAGCGCUGCCCCUUUGUCCUCCCUGACAAUGAUGAUCUCAUUCAUGGAGGCAGCCCAAGUUUUGUAUGCACAGGGUUGCUGGAAGACUACCCAUCAGGUGUUGACCCAAAUGCAGAGUGCUGCGACGUGCGGUGGGAUUCAAAAGUGGACAACCGUUCCAGAGGGACCCUAAAAAGAACUCACCCGCCAUGCCAGCAUCGUACCUCCCUCAGCUCCUCAGCAGCCUGCAGACUGUGUAACAGCCGGCUCAAACUCUGCCUGCUAGUCCUUGUCCUCCUACACACUGUUGCCAGCCUCACUGCAUCCCACAAUGCAACAGGAAUGGGCCUUCCCACCUUCACGCCUCUGGAGGAGAGCCCCACCAACGAGGAGUGAUGGAGCAGCUGAGCGGAAAUGGGGUCGCAGAAGGUG